AUAAAAUUUCUUGAGUCCCAAAGCAAAAUUCAAAUAGUAAAGCAUCUAGCUAUUUUUUUUUGUUCUUGUACAUACUCUUCAAAGAAGGAUUACCUUCUCUACUGCUCACUCCAUCAAGAUGGCUGUUGAAUACUAUGACUUUGGACCUUACAAGAUCCACCAUAGCUCAGUGUUUCAUACAACUGAUCUUUCUUUUGCCUUUGUCAACCUGCGUCCUGCUGUGCCUGGUCAUGUUCUAAUCUGUCCGAAGCGCGAAGUGAAGCGUGUUGCUGAUCUUACUGAUGAUGAGAACAUUGAGUUAUGGCGCAUAGCACAUAAACUUGGUAGACAACUUGAGAGCUACCAUAAUGCAUCAUCACUUAGACUUGCUAUCCAAGAUGGACCCCAAGCUGGACAAUCGGUUCCUCAUGUUCAUAUCCAUAUUCUUCCUUAUUGGAAAAAUGGUGAUUUUGAAAACAAUGAUGAGAUAAAUGAAAAGGAGAAGGAAUUGAAACGGAAGGUAGUGGUUGACAUAGAAAGGAAAGAUAGGAGUCUUGAAGAAAUGGCACAAGAGGCUAAUGAGUAUAGAAAAUUUGUCAUUUCAUAAUAUUAUUACUAUAUAAAGUGUGUUUGAUACUCAGGUAAGUAUCUUAAUCCUUGAAAAAUGAAUUCUAGUUGAGUGGCUACAUCAGAGAUGAGAGUGUAGUUGUUGGGUAUGUUCAAAAGCAUGAAGUGAUAGUUUCUUAGUUAAUUGUAUCUCAAGUAGUCAAGUGUCCUCAUAAUGGAAACUGACUAUAAAACAACCAGAUUGACAAUAAGCUCAGAGAAGAACUUGAAUUUGAAAGAACCAUGUUUGAGUAUCCUAAAUAAGGUUAUGUUUAAAGUCAUCUUAGGAUGUAACUUGCCCCCAAGGAGACACAAAUUAAUUCAGGUUUAAAUAUAGUUUUAGUUCCUUAGUUUACUUUUUUUUUUGUAUGUUUGAUCUUAGAUGGUUGAUUUAACAAUUGUACUAAAAUGUCGUCAAAUAAUAAUAUUUAAAAAGUUCGUAUUGUGUC